AUGCCACUCGCUCAUGUUGCUGUAAUCGUAUCCAACCUCCAUCAAGCAUCUUACUUCUAUCUGUCGGCGCUCCAACCUCUCGGCUAUUGCAUUGUUGAACAGCGCAACCAUGAGAUUGCAAUGGGCAUCCAUGAGCCGGAGUUCUGGUUGAUCGAGCAAUCGCCUGGGUUGGUUCCCCGAACAUAUCACCCAACUACAACGCAUAUUGCCGUUUCUUCACCCUCUCGAACCAUCGUCCGCACCUUCUAUGCCGCGGCUCUGUCAUGCCACGGCACCCCGUACGCUGCGCCUGCGUAUCGCAACCAUGAUGCGGACUUCAACGCCGCAAUCAUCGACCUGGACGGCAACACUCUCGAAGUGGUCCACCAGCUUCCCGUUCCUGGCCAUGAUGCCGAGCAGCCGUCCACAGCUGGAACCGUAGUCGGCAGUGAAACAGGCAGCCGUGUGCUCAACUGGCGAAAUUCGGUUGCCGAGAGUGUAAGCGAUCGAGAUGCUGGCACUGUGGUCUCCCGGCGGACCAGCCGACCGGCACCAUCCGUAUCAGUGAGCAAGAGAUCGAGUCCUGCUUCCGUAGCAGCGAGCAAGGUAUCGAGUCCUGCUUCCGUAACAGCUGCACCUGCUCCCGCCGCGACAGAGGGUGAACCACCAGCAAACCGCUCAUUAACCGGCGACGUGCUCGACCUCGUUACCACCGCCUUCAACGCCACGUCGAUCGCACCUAAAACCAUCGCCGGCACAUUGCUCGGUGCCGCAGCGGGGGCCGCCGUCGCCUACGCGAUGGUGCGGAGCGAGGAAGAUUCGGCGCAGAAGGAGGCGAUAUUUGAGGCGAAGAUGGAAGCCCAGCAGCAACGCACAGCGGAGCUGCGGCAGAAAGCCGGUCGUGUCCUCGCGCGGGCAGCGACCGUGGCGACCGUCCCGACGACGGGAAGAGGCGGUGAUGCUGGGAGUAGAGCUGGGACGGGGUUUGUGGUUGGCGAGGUAGACGCGGAGGCAGACGGGCAACGAGCAGCGUGGAGGGAACCGAUCCGCAUGAUCGAGGCGCCUCCAAUGCGGGUUGAGGGAGUAGAGAGCUACUUCCCCCAAGGUAGAUCAGGAUGGGACGAGGGGAGAUCUACGGCAUCGUCUCGCCUCACCGCACGGCGCGUAAACUCCAUGCCCGUGGAUCCGAUGGCAUAUCAAUAUCCCCCUAUCGCAGCGCUCCCGCCACCUCCCUCUAAUCCUAGGGCUGCCUGGGCAAGCACUGUUGCACCGACGCACAAGUCGCACCGCAAGGAUUCCGUGGUCGGCCCACCGUCCUACAUGUAUCCCCCGCCCGUUGAAAAUGGCGCAGAGCCUGUCCUCUCCCUCCCUCCGCCGGCCCCAUCGCACAAUUCCAGCAAACAACCGUCAAGGGAACCACAAGCGUCGUCAUCGAGCUCCACGUCCCGAAAGGGGAAAAGCCAAAGCAAAGCUGCGUCUUCUCACCACCGCCGAGAGAAAGAAGAGCCUCUUGCUUCCGACAAUGAUACCGUCGCUCCUAGCGACAGUAUUUCCAUGGUCGGAUCGUCGCAUUCGAGGCAUUCCAAGCAUUCCAAGACGUCGGCAACGUCAAAACAUUCGAAGCACUCGAAGCAUUCGAAAGCAUCCAAACGAUCGUCUCACUCCCGGCAUUCAAAGCGAGAGAGUUCCGCGAGCCGAGAGGAGGAUGAGAGGAGCGUGAGCACCGUGAAGCCGGUGCGAAGGAGUGCCAGCGAACAAGGACGGGAGCGGGAGGCGCGGGCGAGUAGGAAAGGCAGUGUGGUAACAUUGCCGGAGGGGAGAGCGAAGGAGGAGAAGAAGAAGGCCAGGAGAAGCGUGGUGAGCUUCGUAGAUGGCGCGAGACUGUGGUGAUGGCAUAUCGAUGGGUCGAUAAUUGAGGGACACGGCAUUCAUGACGGUCGGAGUUAAUCAUGCAUUUAGCAGGUGUUUGACGGUUUGAAUAUAAUCAUGCAUAAGAAUCGCUAUUCAUAAAAU